UACGCCUUGGGAGUAUCCAUAUAAGGAAAAACCUUAUUGGCAAAUACGGUCCAACUUUCAAAGUCCUACUGAAAAGCCGCUUCUAUUUCAUGUCGAGAGCGCGCAAAGGGUGAUGGUGCGCGUUCCACUCAGUCAAUUGCAUGUGUAAUCAUUUCGGCCGACACUGAAGAUGGCGAUGAGAGUAGCGUUCCGGUGCCUUACUGCAAACUUUUCCCCAGUACUGAUUCAGCGUUCUCGACCUGUACAGAUAUCCGCAAGUCGGCUCUUAUGGAAGGCCAACCCUGCACAGUCACUGAGCACCGCCUCACGACUGUCCACAGCCCUGAAAUUCACAGACAAGCAUGAGUGGGUACGAGUAGAGGGAGGAAUUGGCACAGUUGGCAUCAGCAACUUUGCUCAGGAAGCAUUAGGUGAUGUGGUAUAUUGUGGACUCCCUGAGGUGGGGCAAAAACUUGAACAAAUGGAGGAGUUUGGUGCUUUGGAAAGUGUGAAGGCUGCUAGUGAGCUGUACUCUCCGCUGACUGGAGAGGUAACUGAAAUCAACACAGAGCUGGCAGUCAACCCUGGACUAGUGAAUAAAUCCUGCUACGAAGUGGGUUGGCUAAUUAAGAUGACUAUUGACAACCCUGCAGAACUUGAUGGCCUCAUGGACGAUUGCUCCUAUGAGAAAUUUAUCAAAUCACUUGAUGAGUAGACUGCUUGACUCUCCAUGUUCUUUUUUAAAAUGUUAUUUUUAAUGAUGAUUACAGGUCUUUCACACUAAUCCUAUCUGGACUGGCUGUAAAAUCUCAGCUAAAAAUAUUAUAUAAAGUAGCCAUAUUUAUUUUGACUGUAAUUGUUUAAUCACCAAGAUAACCUAAAUGAUAAUUAAAAAUGCUCACCUAGGUGCUUUUGCUGAUUAAACCAGAAGACAACCUGAAGGGUUUGUUCCCGUGUCCUGUUGGCACAAUGAUAAAUCCUGUUGGUACAAUGAUAAAUCCUGUUGGUACAAUGAUAAAUCCUGUUGGCACAAUGAUAAAUCCUGUUGGCACAAUGAUAAAUCCUGUUGGCACAAUGAUAAAUCCUGUUGGUACAAUGAUAAAUCCUGUUGGCACAUAAAUAAGAGUUGAUCACUUCAGGUGCUUUGUUUGAACUGACAAAAAUGCAGAGAAGUGGCAACAGGUUGGAAAGUGAUCGGAAAUGAGAAGUCAAAUACAAUAAAUACAAUCCAUGGUUUUUUCAUUAUGGCUUUUCUAUUCCAUCUGGUGGGAAGGGUGGAAUACAGUACUAUUCACUUGCUUUACAUAAACUACCUUAAGUCAUUAUCUAAGUCUAAACUUAACUUAAUUUAAUGUCUGGCAAUGCAAGACUAGUCAAAACCAAACCUUGGCUGGUAGCCUGGCACUUCCAAAGACUCCCACACUUGCAGAUUGACAUUUUUCAGCAAGAUCACCUUCUUUAGAACAAGACUACAGCAAGAAUCAAAUCUAUUUGUGAUAUUUUCCCAUUUUGAGGUAACAUCUGACAUCAGGAAUAUGUGGAUAAUAUUGCAUUUGUUGUGCUGUUUGUACACACUGCCUGUGAUGAUUGACAUGGCUCACUAAUAUCUACUGCUAUACAUAUCAUUCUUAGUAUAUGUUUUUGGUGUAGGCCUAUAUAUGCAUAGAUUGCAUUUGGAUUAUUCGUUGUGUUAUUUGGGUUACCUGGAUUUGUUCUGACAUAUCUUGUUUUUGAUUAUUUGUGUACUUGUUUGGCAUUGUUAGGAGCUAGGAACCCAAGCAUUUUGCUGCACCUGCUAAACUGUGUGUGACCAAUAAAAUUUGAUUUGAUAUGCU